GUACUUUUAAUAAAUUUAUAUUAAGUUUAAUAAUAUUAAAUUUAAUACAAAAAUUGUUAUUUACUUAACACUGCACGACAAACUUUAUCAGAACUUGGUUGAGCACGUAGAAUGGCAGGAUCAUAAAAUUAAUUAAUGCUCUUUUAAUUCCUGUACCGUUAUUAUAAAGUCUUCAGUUGCCCCGAACGCACUUACCAUUGUAGGCCAUGCAGCGCAGGAAUUCCUGACAUUCGCUUUUGCAGAUGACUUACUAUUACGGAUAUUAGUUCCAGGCAUUUUCAUCAUGGUGCAGCUGGUUGACGAUGUGCUCUCGAUAUUGUACAUUAUUAUUGGCUUCUCCGAUUUAUUUCGUUUAAGCAACAGAAAGCAUGUCCAAUAAGAACUCCCCAUUCGAAACCAGUCGACUCCGCCCCCCAACCCGUACGGCCCCCGCCUCACGUCGCCCAGUUCCGUCUCGAUCCGCUAAAAAGCGUCGUACCCGCCCUAUUUCCCGCAAGAACCCCACCACCGCUCCUGACACCAACAGCGAAACCUUCGUCGUCGACAACCCUCCCGAUGCCACACCAUCCCAAGCACCACCAAUUCCCGCCGAAGUCGCCCCUCUUCGUAAGACGUGGGCGGACCUUACUGAACCAGAGAAAUGCAGGGUAUUCACCACGGUGUUCACGCACUACCGCUCCUUAGUCUAUCCCCAUCACGACAGAUCCGCGGCGUUAACCAUCUGCACAGAACCGCGAUCCCGCACCCUGGACUACUUCCAAAGCGAGUAUUUUCUGGAGUGGUGCCAUGCGGAGUUCCGUAGAGAUAUCGGCGGUCUGCCGCAUUUGCUGUAUUAUCCCGAUGUGGAGUCUUCGGAUUUUGAAGCCUUUGCUUAUCAUAUCUUGGUGACCUUUCCCACCAUUAUAGAGAAUAUUCGGCGAUAUAAGGGUUCGCUGCCUAAUUCGGUGUUGGCGGGGAUUCUUGGGUUGAAUCAACCGGAGAAGGUGAAGAACCAGAAUGCGGAGCAGCGAAGUUGCGGACUGCAGACGAAUAAUGACGUGGUUGAUGUCGAUCACGUGAUGCAGGCUCCCACAGAACCAGAACGCCGGCCGUUCCUCGAGCACCGUCGCCGCCGCAGCGCCCAGCUCUUCACCCACAAAGCCUUCAUCCCGGUGGGUUCCUCCACCUCCGAGCACCACUACUCCAUCUCCCAAUACCACGUCAUCCCGUACCACGAACCCCAGGAGACCUCCGCCCUCGACAUCACCACCAUCCGCCCACCAUUGCCGGAGAUCUUCGCGGACAACGACGUCUGGUACGUGAAGGCCCGCAAACUCCUGGCCUUCUGCGGCCGCACCGUUACGGAGAUGCUGGCGCGCGAGUGCGCCGCGGUGGUGGACGUGGUGUGCAGUGUGGUGAUGGCGCGCUACCGCCGACGGGUGCGGUUCAGUGAAGAGGAGGUGCUGUACGCGUUGCGGCGUGCCGAUGCUGAAAGAAAGGCGCUACAGCGGAAGGAAGCCGGGGAACGCGCCGAGAUGGCGGAGCGGGAGAGCGGCGAUACGUAUGCGUUUGUGUGGGCGGUGGUGCGCAGUUUGGCGGGGAAUUUCAUCGUUUGGUGGCGCAAAACGACCGCCGCGAGAAUCUAUGUUGAGCAAGCUCUGCAAGCCGAGCGACUACCUCUGUCAUGGAAGCUCUUCCUUGUCGAACGCGAAAUGGAUUUUCUUGGAUAUCAGCAAUUGCAACGCGCUGGCAAUGAUCUUCCACAUUCGCUUGAGGACUGUCUGUACUACAUUCACAUCGGUUGCCGAAUGCCGGGCGACACGUUGGAUUAUACAAAAUGGAAAGAGGAGUUCACCGAUAUGUUUCACCUGAUGCAGGAGUACGGAAAGGUCAUCCGCGAGACCAACCAGUUGAUCGAGCAGAAGAUGGUGGACUACGAAGACAAUCUGCAUUACUACCGUAUUUUGUACGACCUGAUGGUCCCCGACAGCCAGAAGAAAUCUCUUCUCUUCCUGGACUGGAAAACCAACAUGUUUAUUAUGAGCGAUCCGAUCGACGAUUUCGGGAAGAUGAAUAUGUUGCCGCUGCAGCAUCUGCUGUUUUUUGCCAGAUAUUACCCAACAUACCUCAACCAGAUUAUGCAGAACUCGCUGCAUCCGCAAUAUGGGUGGCCAUUCGGACUAGCAGCAUCGUACUUGACGAAAACACUGAAAGACCUGUUGGACCAAGGAAAACUGAAGACCUACUUGUAUGCGUUGAAACCUAACCGGCAUUUUAUGGCGCACUACUUCGCUUUAUGGUGUCUUUUGUUCUGGGAGCUGGAUAAAAUCUGGCGUCUCUACCAAGGCGGUCCGGAAGAACUGGACCCGCUUAUUCGUACCCGCUACGCGCCGCUCUUUGCUCCAGCUGAAGGCAGUCGGAUUCCGUCGACCUGGCUCCCCACAGGGAGUACCGGCCGCGACGAAAUGCAUCCCGCGGGAACGGAGCAGCCUAUCCCAGUGUCCCUCCGUUCCAAAUGGACGCGAUCGUGGAAGCUGAGCAAAACUUUGUUCCUGCAGGGUUUUAUGAUGAGCACCACAGAUAUAAAAUCGUCGUUCGCUGAUCUGCAGAAAGCCCAGGUGGACCUUUCACAAACUGCGUUGAAUGUUGAAUUGCCGUUCUGGGACGAUGUACUCGCGCUGACCGAACUGAAUACGGAGACCAUCCAGGAUUUUCCGUGGUUAAUUCAUCCAGAAGAGUCAUUUAACCAACUGCACGAUGAAUUCCUGCGGCGAACCGCCGAAGCAAUCCAAGAUAAACGAGAAAUCCGGGACGCGCUGGUGCUCUGCUUUAAAGACUGGGAUCCUAAUGCUUCCGAUGCGUUCUCGCGACGCCAUGAUGCGGUGCACAAAUAUCUCCUUAAAACUAUUUCUAACUCGGCAUUUGCCUCGGUUAUUCCCACGCCGGGAUUCUGUGUGCGAUAUCUGCGCAAUGAUCUCCACCGUUUAAAUGUUCAAGAGGCGGUUAAUGUGUUAGCACAACGUGACCUUUCGCUUUCGGACAUCCUCCAGCCAAUCCAGGCGAGAACUACACCACCGGUCAUCGAGCUAACGAAUGCGGAUUUGGACGAACCCGUCGGGUCGACGGUUAUGCAAACCCGGGCCAACGAAUCACGUGAACGAACCGAAAAUUUGAUUCAGUGUCGCGGCGAACUCAGCGUGUAUUAUCGUCGCACCGGUCACGUGUUUGUAGGCUCACCGUACCAUCACGCCACGGAAUACGAAGACUACAUCACUAUCAACCGGGAUUCACCGAAACCGGAACUUCCCGACGCGGUGCGCUGGCUGGAGGACCGCGACUGGUCGGAGUCCUAUACCGGCAAACACAAAUGGAAAUUAACACGGAAGAAAGUCCGCCGUUUCCUCGACGUACAGUUUCAAGAUUCACAGAAUACCGAUCUAAUGGAACAGCGCACCGAUCUAGUGGACCAAUGUAUGCGCUGCCUGGCGUACCAACACCAGGUUCCCGGGAGUACCUCCCGCGUCAAACUGGGGAACCCGGUGACGAACCACCCGGUGAAUUUGUGGUUUAAGGUCAAAUUCGCUCCUAUUCAGGAGAUUAUCCAGGCGACGCUGGAACACUUUCUAUCGGAUCCGUUCUCCUCGUACCGCAUGCAUCUGGGUCCGUUCCAUCAUCUGUUUACCGUGGACGAUGAGUUUGUGCCGUGGUUGUAUGUGGAAGAACAAGAACGCAAGAAGCAGCGACAGGAAGCAGAAGAGAAGGAGAAACAGCAAACGGAGUACUGCGCGACACAUCGAGAAAGGGUUUGCAGUGAACGGACCGUGGAAAAGGUCCGUCGCGCGAAGGAGGUCGCCGCGGAAGUGGGGGUGGGUGCGGACAAGGAUCCGCUGGCGAUUCGGUGGAAGGUCAAGUUCGGAGUGAAUUUUGAUCGGUACACCGCGGUGCAGCGGUUGCAGGAGAAGCAAAAGCAGGGUUAAAAAGUGUGAAAAACUAGUAUUAAAUUUCCUGUCAUUUUAGUUAGUAACUUACGAGUGGUAUAAAUCUGCGCAGGCGCUUUGAUAACUGACUAAUGACGAAUA